GAAAAAACAAAACGAAUGAAAUGUUCGGAUGUAAGAACCUAGUUUAUUGUAGUUUGGAAUGAGAUCAAAUCCCGUACCCCCGAUAAGCGCACGAGAGUGAAAGUGAGAAAGAAGCGGCUACCUUUCCCUCCUUUUACGUGCGUAGUGGAAACAAUAAUCCCUUCUUCAUUCAAUUGCCCGCCCCCCUCGGAUCUCACUUUCCUUCUACUCCAUCUACCCCGCCUAGACGCCUUUCCUCCGAUCUAUAUAAAAGGCAAUAAAGAUCCAUAUAGAAUUUAGAGAAUAAACAAACUAUCUCUUUGCUCAUCACGGUCAUCAACAUACAGGUUCAAUAGACAAAAUGACCUCUGCCGUACCAUCCGCUUCGGCAUCAUCUUCACAACAAAGACUACAAGAUGAUCAACAGAUCAAAAAGGUAGUCGAUAACCUACCAUCAAUCAAUAGACAUUUGGCAGAAGCAACACCAGAAGAGAUUCUAGAAUGGUCAAUCGAGAAUCUACCAGGACUAUACCAAACAACCGCUUUUGGCGUCACAGGAUGCGUCACUCUUGAUCAGGUCUCUCGCAUUUCAUCAGAACGAUCACAAAAGCUUGCUGCUACCACAGGACAACCUGUUCAACACAAACACUUGGUUCCUCUCAUCUUCCUUGAUACACUAUACCACUUCCCACAAACAAUCGCCCUGGCUGAACGGGCAGCACGCCAUUACGAUGCACCAAUGUACAUCUACCGACCCAAAGGAUCCAACACUGCACCCGAAUUUGAACAACAAUGGGGUCAAAAGCUAUGGGAACGUGAUGAAGAUACAUACGAUUACGUUGUCAAAGUUGAACCAGCACGAAGAGCAUACGAAGAAUUGGGCGUAAGAGCCGUAUUCACGGGAAGAAGACGCAGUCAAGGUGACGAUCGUGCAGAAUUGGCAGCAAUUGAAGUUGAUGAAACUGGAUUGAUUAAAGUUAAUCCUUUCUUGAACUGGUCAUUCGGUCAAGUCGAUGCAUAUGUCAAAGCAAACGCUGUCCCAUACAACGAAUUGCUCGAUAUGGGUUACAAGAGUAUUGGUGAUUGGCAUUCAACCGCCUUGCCGGGCGCAAGCGGUGGUGAAAGAUCAGGAAGAUGGAAAGACAAGGGCGGAAAGACUGAAUGUGGAUUGCACAAAGAUUACUUCAAGAUGAAAUUGGUUGCCGAAAAGAAGAUGCGUGAAGCUGAAUUGGCACGCAAAGAUGAGGCAAAGGAUAAAGCAGAACAAGUCGCAACUGGUGCUGAAGCAGUCGCUGUUGCAGCAUCCCAAUAAGCUAUCAAAAAAUGUACAUACUCUUCAUUACACAUUUGUAACAAAAGAUUAAUGAAAAUUUAGUAAAUGUCUGAU